AUGGUACUCAUAUUGGGACGUCGAUUGAACAGAGAGGAGAGUGGAGUUCGUGAGUCACCUGCAACUAAGCGUAAAGUUUUUGAGAUGGACCAAAAGUUGAUGGGACAUGAAGUAUUUGACUUCAAUUCUGGUUCCUCUCACUCUGAGAGCAUCUUACAGAUCUUUAAUGAGUUCCGGGAAAGCCGUCUGUUUACUGAUGUUGUCAUCUGUGUGGAGGGCAGAGAAUUUCCCUGUCACCGAGCCAUCCUGUCGGCCUGCAGCAGCUAUUUCCGAGCCAUGUUCUGCAAUGACCACAGAGAAAGCAGAGAGAUGCUGGUGGAGAUCAAUGGGAUUUUUGCAGAAGCCAUGGACUGCUUUCUCCAGUAUGUUUAUACAGGAAAAGUAAAAAUUACCACAGAAAAUGUCCAAUAUCUCUUUGAAACUUCCAGCUUGUUUCAGAUUGGUGUGUUGCGUGAUGCAUGUGCAAAAUUUUUGGAAGAGCAACUUGACCCUUGCAACUGCCUUGGAAUCCAACACUUUGCAGACACUCACUCACUCAAGACGCUUUACACAAAGUGUAAAACAUUUGCACAACAGGCAUUUGAAAUUGUUGUUCAACAUGAGGAAUUUUUGGAGCUGGGGAAAGCAGAGGUCAUUGAUUAUAUCAGCAGUGAUGAUUUGGUUGUCAGCAAAGAAGAGCUGGUAUUUGAAGCUGUCAUGCGCUGGGUGUACCACCAUGUUGAUGUCAGAAGGCCUAUGUUACAUGAACUUUUGACACAUGUUAGACUACCACUACUCCAUCCUAACUACUUUGUUCAGACAGUAGAAGUAGAUCAGCUUAUUCAGAACACCCCAGAGUGUUAUCAGCUGCUACAUGAAGCCAGAAGAUAUCAUGUACUGGGAAAUGAGAUGAUGUCACCACGUACCAGACCAAGGAGGUCUACUGGCUACUCUGAAGUCAUUGUGGUUGUGGGAGGUUGUGAACGUGUUGGAGGCUUCAACCUGCCCUACACUGAAUGCUAUGACCCAGUGACUGGUGAAUGGAAGUCACUGGCAAAGUUGCCGGAAUUUACCAAGUCAGAAUAUGCUGUUUGUGCUUUGAGGAAUGAUAUUCUAGUGUCAGGAGGAAGAAUCAAUAGUCGGGAUGUCUGGAUCUAUAAUUCUCAACUAAACAUUUGGAUUAGAGUAGCUUCUUUGAAUAAGGGCAGAUGGCGUCAUAAAAUGGCUGUCCUACUGGGAAAGGUAUAUGUGGUUGGUGGAUAUGAUGGUCAGAACAGACUGAGCAGUGUUGAAUGUUAUGACUCCUUCUCAAAUCGCUGGACAGAUGUAGCCCCACUGAAAGAAGCUGUGAGUUCUCCAGCGGUUACAAGCUGUGUUGGGAAACUGUUUGUGAUUGGUGGAGGACCUGAUGACAACACCUGCUCAGAUAAGGUGCAGUGCUAUGAUCCUGAUACAAAUACCUGGCUACUCCGAGCAUCAAUUCCUAUAGCAAAGAGAUGCAUUACCGCUGUGUCCUUAAACAACCUCAUAUAUGUAGCUGGAGGGCUUACUAAGGCAAUUUACUGCUACGACCCUGUGGAAGAUUACUGGAUUCAUGUACAGAAUACAUUUAGCCGACAGGAGAAUUGUGGUAUGUCUGUCUGCAAUGGGAAAAUCUUUAUACUCGGUGGGAGAGGUGAGAAUGGAGAAGCAACGGACACCAUCCUAUGCUACGAUCCAGCGACUAGCAUCAUUACUGGAGUGGCAGCCAUGCCCCGACCUGUCUCUUACCAUGGCUGUGUAACAAUUCAUAGAUACAAUGAAAAAACCUUCAAAAUGUGA